AUGAACCGCAUCGAGUUACAAGAUGUCGUGGCCGAUUAUCGUGCCAUGAAACCGGUACCAGAGCUUAUACAGAAGAUCAAGACACAAUUUAACGAAAAUCGACAGUGGGCGUCAUUGGAAUUUCAGGUUCAAAUGAUACAAGUGGUGGUAAAUGAUCCUGUUUGUAUUGAGUUUGCACCGCAAAGAAAGUAUACGUAUAAAUUACUCAAAAAUUACAUCGAUGAGAUUGAAAUGGUGCAUGCUGAAGCUGAAAACGGACUAAUGGAAGCAUUUAUGGACCUUGUGCUGAAUUCCAAGCUGGUCGAUGAUUCAUUUAAUGCUGAAGCCAUGCAUCAUGUAUCGUACACGGUACCUACUGCUAACUCGUCUGUCAUUGUGACUUGUCGGGUAGCGUCGGUGUUUAAUGAGGUGGGACUGAAGCUUUGGGAAGCUGGAUGGCUCCUUGCCGAGUAUGUCAUUGCACACAAGAGCGAGUUUUACGACAGGAAGGUGCUUGAGCUUGGUGCAGGGGUGGGCUUUACGGGCAUGGUGGUAGCCUGUGUGUGUCGGUCGAGUCGUGUUGUGCUCACGGACUACGCACCGACUGUAAUCCAAAACUUGCGUUACAAUGUCGAGAUCAACUCGCACAAAUUUAUCUGCCCUGUUGAGGUCCAGACGCUGGACUGGGAAACAUGGCAGCCAACGGAUCAUGAAGAUGAACACCCAAACAUUUUGCUAGCAGGAGACUGCGCCUAUGAUGUUGAAGCUUUUCCAGCUUUAAUGCAUGCUCUCCAAGCAUUCUUUGGAAAAGGAGAAGAAAGCACGUAUCAACAACCGCAGCGCGUGGCGAUUUUUGCGGCUACCAUUCGCAACCAGAAAACGUUCCAGGAAUUUCUCGAUCAGCUUGCUAUGCACCUCAUCGACUACGUUGAUAUCACGACGGCUGCAAUGGAAAAGAUAGGAAAACAAACUUUCUCAUAUCCAAAUCGGGAACAGAUUCGCAUUUGUCGCUUGUCAAAAAGUAUUCCUGACACGCUGGCAGACAAGAAAUAG